UGGACAAAUCAUCAAAGCCCGUUUCAUCCACACAACACAAAAAAUAUAUACAGUAUUGGAUUCCUCCAAACACCCACAAGCUCUCUCUCUCUCAUCUCUCUCCGGCGAUGCCUUCCUUAUCCACGCCGCCGUCACAAAAUCUCGCCUUCUCCCCCGCCGCUGCCACGUCAUCCAGGCUCACUCCCUCCAGAAGACCCUUUUACCCUCAUCGUCUCCCCGAUCCUACCGCUCUCUGCCGCUGCUCCUCCUCUUCCUCCUCCGAUGACAUCCCUAGAUGGGACUCCGCCAUUCAGGAUGUCCUCAAAAGCGCCAUCAAACGCUUCGAUUCGGUCUUGAGCUGGUACUCCAACCAGGAUACCGAUGCUUCUUACGACGUCGAGCAAGAUUCGGGGAAUAUCAACAAGAACGAAGACGAUUGGGAUUGGGAGCGAUGGAAGAAGCAUUUCGAACUUGUCGAUGACCAAGACCGUCUUCUCUCCGUCUUGAAGUCGCAAUUGAAUCGAGCCAUCAAACGAGAAGACUACGAAGAUGCUGCCAGGCUUAAGGUGGCCAUUGCAGCUGCUGCUACAAACGAUGCUGUUGGCAAAGUCAUGUCCAGUUUUUAUAGAGCUGUUUUAGAAGAGCGUUACAAGGAUGCGGUAGACUUGCGAGACAAAGCUGGUGCUGGGUUGGUAGGAUGGUGGUCAGGUAUUUCUGAAGAUGUCAAAGAUCCUUUUGGUCUUAUUGUUCAAAUUACUGCAGAGCAUGGAAGAUAUGUGGCAAGAAGUUACAAUCCUCGGCAACUUAGUACAUCUGCUGCUGGUGCUCCUCUUUUUGAAAUAUUUCUGACACUUGAUGGAAAAGGGAACUACAGAAAGCAGGCUGUGUACUUGAAAUGGAAGGAGAUUUUUCCAGACGUACCAACUAUGCCUUCAAGAGCUUUGAAUUCUGGUAGGUUUUUGACUUCACCAGGAAGGAAGGAAGAUACGGGUAAUAUUGCCAUCGACAGUAGUGAAGAUGAAGAGAGUGAUAACUCAGAUGAUGAUUCUGAUCUCCUUGAGGAAUCUUCUGGUUUCCAGAGUUUCCUGCGAGAUAUGAUUCCUGGGGUCAAGGUCAAGGUUAUGAAAGUAACUGCACCUGGAAGGGUGGACAAGGAUUUCAUCUCAAAAGUUAUUGAGCAGAUAGCUGAUGAAGAAGAUGAAGAGAACAAUCUUGACAUAGAAGAUAUAGAUGUGGAAGACGACACUAAGGCUGAAAUCGAUGAAAAAAAUGCUGACAUUGAAUUAGAAUCUGUGACGGAUGAAAUCGUUGACAACAACGGGGGAAGAGAAAUUGCGGUUAAAUUUGUUAUAGGCGAUAUUGUUGAUCGGCUUUCUGGAAACCAACCUCUUAAAGAGUCGCUUCGUUCACCUGCCAAUCUGGAAACUGUGGAGAAUUCUUCAUUUUAUCUUCGGUUAGAGAAAGAUUUAAACGUCCAAGAGUCUAAGGGUGUAGAAGAUACACUAGUUGAUGGAAAAGGUAGCCGCCAAAGUAGACGUAGGAUUGAUAACAUUAUGGUUGAUCUGGCCAAAUCAAUUGAGAAAGAGAAGAAGAUUUCUGUCAAGAUGCUUAAGGAUGUUGGGGAGCUAUUAAGCCUCACUCUCAGCCAGGCUCAAAACCGUCAACAGUUGUCGGGUUUGACGAAAUUCCGUCGCAUUGAUGUGACACCAUCACUAGAUCCUCUAGACGGACUUUAUAUUGGCGCACAUGGGCUGUAUACAUCAGAAGUAAUCCAUUUAAAACGCAAAUUUGGCCAGUGGAAAGGUGGAAAGGAGUCUAAGAAGCCAACAGAUAUUGAAUUUUAUGAAUAUGUUGAAGCUGUGAAACUAACUGGAGAUCCUUAUGUGCCUGCUGGGAAGGUUGCAUUUCGGGCAAAGAUUGGUAAACGUUAUGAGCUCCCACAUAAAGGACUUAUCCCCGAAGAAUUUGGAGUGAUUGCCAGAUAUAAAGGCCAAGGUAGGCUUGCCGAUCCUGGAUUUCGUAAUCCGAGAUGGGUAGAUGGCGAGCUUGUAAUCCUCGAUGGCAAGUAUGUAAAAGGAGGACCCGUCGUCGGAUUCGUCUAUUGGGCACCUGAAUAUCACUUUGUGAUGUUCUUCAACCGCCUGAGGCUUCAAGCCUAGUUUCAUUUUGGUCUUCUGCUCUACAAUCGAGCAAGGGUUUUUUUCUGGCUGUAACCACUGUGUAAGUAUACUCCUAGAUACACAAGCAGUAUGAAGUUGGUCGGUACUGAGAAGGUAUAACCGAAAUACACUAUUUGCAGAAUAAUGGGACAGGUUAUGCCUAGGAUAAGAUUACUUCAAGAUCAGGGUUCACUUUUGUCUUUCUGGACCAGUAUAGAGUUCCUUAGUCUCUUUGGGGAGCUUGGAUUAAGGUGCCUAAAUUGCGGCAAGAUUUAACACGCCAUAGAGUCUUUGGUCAUGCAGUUCGUUAGUUGGAUUCUGAGACUUUUGGUCAGAAAGGAAACUGGAUUGUAAAGCGGGAGAAGUUUCUUCAGAUAUAUGUAAAUUAGUGUAUGUUUCCUCA